UGACCAAACCCACACCUCUCUUCAGUUUUUCCGUCAAUUUCUUCGUCGCCAUGACUGCCUCUGUUGAUCCACUCGUCGUCGGCCGAGUCAUUGGAGAUGUAGUGGACAUGUUUGUUCCUUCUGUGAACAUGUCUGUUUCCUAUGGUUCGAAGCAUGUCGCAAACGGGUGUCAAUUAAAACCCUCCAUGACCAUUGACCCUCCCAAAAUUACCAUCGCCGGCCAUAAUUCGAAGGAUCUGUACACUUUGGUGAUGACGGACCCAGAUGCGCCAAGCCCCAGCGAGCCAAGUAUGCGUGAAUGGGUUCAUUGGAUUGUUGUGGACAUCCCUGGAGGAACUAAUCCUAAUCAAGGUGAUCGUCAAACAGAUAUUUACUAUUACAUUAACAUAAUUCUCUCUCGGAUGAUAGUAUAUAUUGGCUAUCAAUUACAUUUUUUUUU